UCGAUUUUCAUGUUGAAUGAUGACCCAAGCCAAAAUUCAUCCUUACUUGAGAACGAAAUACCCAAAGUGAUUCCUGGAGGGUAUUUUUGGGAGCUUUUCAUGCCAGAAAUAUCUCCAUUUUAUCAAGAUCAGUACAGUUGCAGUAUCUGUUAUCUUGUUUUGCGUGACCCGUACAAAUGUCAGAACAAUCAUCUAUUUUGCAAGUCAUGCCUACAUAACUGGAUCAUGACCGACAACAAGCGAAGCCUUGAAUGUCCGGUCUGCCGAGAUGUUGGUCCGUUCCUCGAAGACUCCAAAAUCAAGUCAGAACUCGAGAAUCACCCCACAGCAUGUAUGGCCAAUGAAUGUCCUUGGGUGGGGAAACUGUCAGAAUACGGCUUACACAACCAUGGAAGGAUUGAAGCAGAAGGAAGACAAGUCCCUGACUUAUCAAAGACCAUAAACCACGAAAGACUCAAAAAAGAAAGGGCGGACGACUUUAUAACCGAGGACCGGAUUGUGUCAAUGAUGUCAGUGAUAUAUGCGGAUAUAGAACACCGUCGGCGUAGAAUAGAAAAUAUAAGAUUAGGGAGAAAUGACUACACUAAUGACCAAUUGGGAGACAUUCAACUCCUUCAUGACCGUUUGUUGUCCCUCAGACGAAAUAUUGAUACAUUUUUUGGGCAGAGUGACAGUUACCCACUCUGGACUAGAAUUACUCAUGUUCCCAGUAAUUCAGAGGUGUCGAGUGGGCCUGCUUCUGAAGUUGAGGCUUACGAGCCUGUGGAAUUUGUGCAUGCUUCUCCUGAGUUUAGUGAGGUUGGGGAUCGUGGGGAUAUGAGCUCGUUGGGUGAUGUGCCUUCUUUUUCGAGCGAAUUUGAGUUAUCCGAUGGUAAUUCUGAUAUUCUUGCGGAGACGGAAAUGGCGGAUUUGAUUUACAGAUCUCCGAGUUCUUUGGAUUGCAAUUUGGAUGAGAUAAAUGUGCCUGGGAAUGAGGAAGCUUUGGAGAAUGUAGAGAAGGUCACUCCGACAGUUCAAACAAGUAUUCCGAGGCCGAUUUCCUCGGUUUCUGAAUCAAUGGCUACGAGGAGUCAACGUUCGCAGGCGAUAUCUCCGAGUUCUGCGUUGUCUUCUAAUUCAACUGCCGCUUCUCGACUUCGAUAUAACUAUUUGUCAAGACGCUUUAAUUUUGGAAGUCGAGAAAGUGAACCUGCAGAUACAAAGAGGAGGAAACUUCAUUAAUCCUAAGUUUACUAA